CCGACCGGACAUCUACCAGAGACAUUUUCCAUCGACGUUGUCGGUCUAUGAAAAGGCUCUGCAAAGUUAAGGAGGCGCCAUUUACUGCGGGUGCUUAUCACAGAGUCUUGAACCUGAGUCAUGACAAGUACAAAAGAAUUAUCAACCGCAGCCUCUUGCGCCUUCGGGAAUUCGGAAUACUCGAACGGACCAGAAGGUUUUUCUUUAAGACGUGGCCCCUAUGCGAGUCCCAUGGAGCUUGUUGUAGUGAGGCUAUUAGCAUAUAUCUGGACGACGUUUAUCCAGCAUUUUACUUACUCGGCGCAGGAAUCGGACUUUCACUGACACUUCUGUCGAUCGAGCUACUAUUCUUUCAAUGUUCUAAGUGGAUGCGGAGAAGACGAAAGGGCUUUCCGAAAUCUCAAUCGGGUCCAAAUGGAUGGAUGCGGUUAAGGGAUGCUAUACUCUGCAUGACCCCUCCAGCAGAAGAGAGCGCGGAAGAGAUCAUCGAUUUGAAAACUCGGGCUCGAACAAUGUGCUGAUUAUAAAAAGCAAACAUCGCUUUUACUUCAGAAAAAUAUUGCACA